UAUGGGGGGAGGACGCGAGUGCGCCCGCUGCGCCAGGUAUAAAACAGCUUGUCAAAUGUACGGUGGAAACUAUCGCAAAGAGCAACGGAGGAGUGAGUCUUGGGGCGUUUUGCUGCACGGUGAAGGGAACACCCGGGUGAAGUUGUACGGCAGCGAGAUCGACGCGGUGAGGCGAAGCCGAGAGCGGUGUCUGUCAGUCACUGGCAGCGCAGGAGAGCGGCCACAGUAUGAACUUCAUAAAACGUAUUUCCAAACGUACUUCUGGCUGGAAUGCAGCUUUCUCUUUGCACUGCCUGAUCGGUGCCACAUUAUUUAUUGAAAAUGUUGCUGCUUUAGCAUUAUACCAAGUAGCUCAGACAUAUAAUAGUUUAGAAGAAGGACUGGAUAAUACUGCAUAUUGGUGGGGUGAAUGGGCCAAAUGGACAGGAUGCACUCGGACCUGUGGAGGAGGCAUCAAAACAAAAGAAAGACAUUGUUUGAAGCAAAGCAGAAGGAUAGCAGUGAUGGCAACUGAUAACCAGACUUGUACAGGCACUUCCAAAAGAUAUCAGCUAUGCAGCCUACAGGAUUGCCCAGCUAAUGGGAGGAGCUUCCGCGAUGAGCAAUGUUCAUCUUUUAACUCUCGUAUUUAUAGUGGAGGGACUUACAAAUGGAAACCACUGUACCCAGAUGAUUAUGUGCACAUCUCAAGCAAGCCUUGUGAUCUUCAGUGUACUACAACAGAUGGACAGAGACAGCUGAUGGUCCCAGCACGGGAUGGAACAUCUUGUAAAUACGGGGAAUACAGAGGAGUCUGUGUAGCUGGAGGGUGUGAGCCCAUAGGAUGUGAUGGAGUUCUUUUUUCCACCCUGACCUUAGACAAAUGUGGUAUUUGUCAGGGUAAUGGAAGCAGUUGUAUACGAGUUACUGGAAACUAUAGGAAAAGAACGGCUCAAACAGGUUAUUCCCUCAUAACACAUAUCCCAGUUGGUGCAACAGAUAUACAGAUAAUUGAAAGAAAACAAUCUGAUGAUGUUCUGGCUAUUGCUAAUGAAUUUGGAAACUUCUUUGUGAAUGGUGAUCUGAAGGUAGAAGGCCCAAGAAACAUCCAACUUGCCGGCACAAUUUUUAAAUAUAGAAGGCCAAUGGACGUAUUUGAAACUGGUCUUGAAUAUAUUGUGGCUCGAGGACCUACAGAUCUGGGGCUUAAUAUACUGUUGUUAAUUCAAAGUGGGAAGAAUCCUUACAUUUCCUUCGAGUACACAAUGCCACGGAUUCUGCACUUCAAACGACUUCGACCUUCAAUUGAUUCGUAUCUUACGCCUGGAUCAGAUACUCAAGGCAAAGAAAAUGAUGAAAGGACUGGCUUAGACAGAGAUGAGAGUACGGGUGUCGUUUAUACAAAUGCAAGUUACAGUGAGAAACUGUCAAAAGGAAUUACAAGAAAGGAAAACCAGAUGUUGAGACCAGAACAUGAUCUGGCUGAUUAUGAUGCGACCAACACAAUCUACAAUGGGGAAGGUCCAGAACCUGAAUCAGAAGACAUUAAAAAUAACACCCAACUUAACAGUGUUGAAGACAAUGAUUACACGGCAAUAGAUUACACAGAUUCAAAGUUGACCACGCAAGAAUAUAUAUUUACGUCGGAGAAUCAUUUGACAGACGCACUUGCUAAUGGACGUUCUUCAAAUAUAAAGGAACAAACUGAAUUUGGUGUAAAUGUGACUGAUAAUACAGAAGAAAACCCAUUUUAUAAUGCGGAGUCCACUGCUGCUAGUUUCCCGAUGUAUUAUGACGAAAACGAAAAGUUGGGGAGCUACAAAAUUAAUGAUACAUUUUUGGAACUGACUUUUGGCAAUACGUCUGCAGAGAUUCUCUUCUCCAAUGAAACAAUUAUGCACAUUAUUCAACAUGCAAACCGAACACAGAAAUUACGGAACAGACUCAAGCUGCUGAGAAAGGGUCUGGGAGUGAGCCCUGCAGACAUGUAUCGAUGGAAACUGUCCUCUCAUGAACCUUGCAGUUCUACCUGCACAACCGGGGUAGCCACUUCAUUUGCAGUGUGUAUUCGUUAUGAUGGCAUUGAAGUUGAAGAUUCGUAUUGUGAUUCUUCAACUCGACCAGAGCCAAUUCACGAGUUUUGUGUAGGAAGAGAAUGUCAACCAAGAUGGGAGACAAGUAGUUGGAGUGAAUGUUCACGAACUUGUGGAGAAGGAUACCAAUUCCGAAUAGUCCGUUGCUGGAAAAUUAUUUCUGCAGGAUUUGACAGCUCGGUGUACAAUGAAAUGUGUGAAUCUGCUGAUCUCUUCAGGCCAUCAGAGCGUAAAAUCUGCAAAAAUCCAGCCUGUGGCCCACAGUGGGAGAUGUCAGAUUGGUCAGAGUGUACAGCAAAGUGUGCAGAACGGAUUGCUGUGACCAGGGAAGUGAGAUGUUCAAAUGAAGAAUGGAGGUGUGAUGAAAAAACAAAGCCACCAUCUCAGAAAGAUUGUGUUGGACCCCCUUGUGAUCGCCAGUGGACAUUUUCAGAUUGGGGGCCAUGUUCAGGUCUUUGUGGACAGGGAAGAAUGAUAAGGCACGUAUAUUGCAGAAAUUCAGAUGGCAGGGUAAUGCCCGAAUCACAGUGCAGCUCACAGAUAAAACCCCUUGGAAUACAUCCCUGUGGAGCCAAAGAUUGCUCUCCCCAUUGGCUGGCCCAGGAUUGGGAUCGGUGUAAUACAACGUGCGGCCGAGGGACAAAAAAGAGAGUUGUUUUGUGUGUGGGAAUUGUGAAUGGAAAAGUUAACAUUUUCAAUUCUGAGGAAUGCGACCCAGCUCAAAAGUUAAUUGAAGAAACAACGUGCUUCGAGCGCCCAUGUUUCAAAUGGUUCACUACUUCAUGGUCUGAGUGCACUAAAACCUGUGGUGUUGGAAUAAGAAUGCGAGAUGUGAAAUGUUAUCAGGGAAAAGAAAUUGUCCGAGGAUGCGAUCCACUCUUGAAACCUGUUGCAAAGCAAACCUGUGAUCUCCAGGCCUGCCCUACACAGCCCCCAGUAUUGUGAAUCCAUCAACGUCUUCACUGCCAGUUUGUGCAAUCUUAGUCUCAGAACAGGGCUCUGAAUUUGAUCUUCAGGUUGAUGACCAAAAGAUUGGAUUUCAAGACAACACGACAAGGAUUAAAACUGUUUUUUAUUUCUCGUAAGCCAAGUUGACAGCUUCUUAAGAUACUGACUAUCACAAUUAUUGUUCCACAGAUGACAGUUGUCAAGAUCAACUUGGGACUAACUGUGUGCUGGCAAUAAAAGUCAAUCUGUGCUCUCACUGGUAUUACAGUAAGGCAUGCUGCAGAUCUUGUAGAGCUGCUAAUUCAUAGUACAGACUGGCAGAAUAAUUGUAUCUCUCUAUAAGUGAACAAAAGAACAAUGUGUCUGGUGGAAUUAGUUUUAUUGCAAGGAUUUAACGAUUUAUUUUGUCAGAAUACCUUACCUGAUUUUAACAAUGCAUUCAAGCUGCUCCAAGCUACUCUGAGCGGCUGUCAGUUCCCUGGAUAUUCAGCGCAGUUAAUCCCCCCCACCGGUACAUGCCACCAUAUAUAUCUACCUAUCAGUAAUAUGGUAAAGCUAGCAUACUCCACUUACAGUAUUAUCUUAUAAAUUAUUUCAGUACAAAGCCAUUCCGACUAAUGCUACUGAACAUUUUGGAACUAUGGUCACUAGUUCUCAAACUAUCAUGCAAAAUGGGCUGCCACAAUGUUGUUUCCCUCUUAAUUUAAUGUGAUUCUUUAUUACAAGCUAAAUAAUAGAUUAGGUGAUGUUUAAACCUUGGUUUUACAUACCGUAUCGCGUCUAAUACGCAACUAUUUUUCACUUAGUGAUUGACUCCCAUAAGGAUGGACAAGGCAUCAAGUAUCAAAGAUGCUGCAUACUAAAGUAGUAGCCUCAGUGCAUUGCCUUUGCCUCAGUCAGUCCUGUCCCUCAGCUUUAGUCUGUCUGCCCUGGUGCUACCUGUAUGUCUGCACUUGAGACCCAUUAACCCUUUGGGAUUAAUGUUAGUUCAGUGUUUAGGUUUCUGACACAUUCCUGAACCUUGUUAGAUUCUAUGUUAUCAGUGAAUUUUACCUUCAAAGCAGUACAAUAAAUAUCUGCAUUGUGUCAGCAACUGGUGAAACUGCUGAUGGUUUUCACAGUAUUCUCAGAUGUAAUAUUAUAUAACUCUCCAUCAAAAAGUAGUAUGGAUAGGAAAUGAGUUUGUCCAGCAAUCACUCUGUUUUAUGAUCAUUAAUAACCAUAUUUAGUUCCUCUUACUUUCCACAGAUAAAAUGCUCUAAACCCUACAAUUUCUCUUUAGAAAGGACUCAGUUUAACAGCCAGUGACAGUAUGUUGUGAGGUAUAAUAUAACAGUCAUAGAUUGUAACAGUAAAGAUCUUCAUCUCGUAAAAAAUAUUAAUAAAUUCAGCUACUACAUCAAAGUCAAAGAAUUUUGAUUUUUCUUGGAUAAUUACUUUACGCAAGCCGAACAAAUAUCAUGCUUAAGUAUUGAAAUUGGAAUCAUCUGAUCGACCUGAAAAUAACUUGACCUCCCAGUAUAUUAGUUAUACUGUAUCUGCCAGUAUUUAUGUUACAUUUGAUACAACAUUUGACCUAGCAGCACUCAAGACAACCUCCAGACCCUUCAUUUUGCUGACAAAGUGCAUGUGAAAAUAAAUACUCCAUGAUAUCCUCUUCCUCCUCGUGAAUAUUGGCAACAAAUAUCUUUAAGUUCCUGAUUCACCACAGGAAUGUUACCGGUUGUUACAGAUAAUCCCAGUUGUUUCACUUUUCCGAUGGUUAGUGAUAAUAUGCAGAUGUGAUUUUGUAAAGAAAAUAAUGUUCUUUUUGUGUUAUAAAUCAUGUAAGCAUGUGCAAAAGAACCCAGGCUGACUGAGGCUAUCAUGUUUUAUUAUGAUAUUUAAUAACGUAACCUGUAAUUUUAUAAUUCUAUUAUUAUUAAUGAUAAAGUGAUUUCCUUGUUUUUCCCAGAGGCAUUUUAUGAAUCAGAUAAAUUGUUGAAGUCUUAAGUUUUAACUCAGUCCAGAGUAUUUACCCUGGCUACUUGGAGUUAGGGAAAUGGAAAAAAAGACAAUUGGAAUAUUUUAUGUACAGUUUGUAUAUAUUUUAAACUAUUACAUUAUGAAAAAUAAUAAUAAACAUGUUUGUUGACCACAA